UAGAUGGCGUUUCGGCGAUCAAAAUCAAAAGCUUAUUUAGUUUUAUGACGUUUGUUUGUUGUACCCUAAAAGCAUUUUUAUUUUUUCAGUUUAUUUUACUAAACUAUUGCCUUAUUUUUAUACCGUUUUGUUUUUAUAGAAUAAUAAAAUGAGUGGUCCCAGAAUGACUAAUAUGGGUCAAAUGAACGGCAAUCGUAGGCCUAACAUAUCCCGUAUGAACAUUCACGAUAACAGAUCCCACCAUGAUCACAGACAGCAAUCAUCUCAUUAUGAUAACAGGCAACCAUCCUCGCAUCAUGAUAACAGACAUCAACACACAACGCCUCAACCGAUUAAUUCUCAGCACGAAGACUUGAUUAAGUACAUCUACGAUUCCUGGUCAAAAGUAGAAAUGGAUCGGGGCUCUAGCAAUGUGAUGUAUUAUCAAGAACAUGAGAAUCAUCAUUUAAAAGAUUUUCGACCGUUUGAUUUGGAAGCCUACUGGGGUAGAAGAAUGCAUCAAAAUCAUCAGCAACAUCCGAAUCAUCAUCCACAUCAGAGUCAUCAUCAGCAUCAAACAAGUCAUCACCACCAUUCAUAGCAACUUUUUGACUCAUAGAAGAAUGAUAAUGGAAAUCUAGAUCAGUUUUUUAAACAAUAAAAUAAUGGAAAUUAAUAUUUAGAUCUGGCUGGUCCACUUAUUCUCUUGGAAUUGUAUUGUUUAGAAAAUUUUUCUUAUGGAUAGGGUUUUAUUCAUUUUAUUAAAUAUUAUCCCCAUUUUUAAGUGUCAUUUUAUAUUUUUGGUACAAGAUUUUUUUAUUCUAGUAUGUUUUAUUUCAUAUUAUAUUUGAGGAGGAUCGAGGUAUCAGUGUAGUGUUUUUAAGUAUCUGUUUAGUAUUUUAUUUUCGCAUAUAAAUUAAAAAUUCAUUGGGAGAUUUUUAAAUUUAAUUACACAAUAUAUUUAUUCAGCAAAAGUUGGCAAUAAUAGGUUUCUAAAUUGAAAUUGUCCUACUUUAAAUCAGGAGAACAGUAAGAACCUCCUGAACUGAAACUCAUAUAUUUAAGUUCUUUACAGUAUUCUUUUAAAUUAUUUUUGACAUUCCCUACAACUAUAUAUUUUUUGUAAUCAGUUUCAUUGUUACAAUAAAAAAAUAUUGAUUUA